CCCAUACUAAAGAGAAUCCCAAAGUUUCUCCAUAGAUAUACCACCAGAUUCAUGAAUGCUCCCGUUUCUCAUGUGGUCAGUUUCCUCAUUCUUCACGAGUUGACGGCUAUUGUGCCUCUUCUCUCGUUGUGGUAUCUUUUUCACCAAUUUCCAGACAUGCUUCCUUCGUUUGACUUGCCUACAUGGGCCAUUGAUAAGGGCACCAAGAUCAUCGACGAUGCUAUGAACAAAUAUGAUUUUGCCGAUUACUCCAUAAACGAGAAGUUCCAGUUCAUCAUGGAAGGUGCCUAUGCAUUUGUAGUGGUGAAAUUCUUGUUGCCUAUAAGAUUGGUUGUGAGUUUGGGUCUCAUGCCUAGCUUUGCUAGAUGGUUCGUCAUUCCUUUCACGAAAAUCUUC